AUGGAUCCUGAGAAAUUUUCUAUUAUUACUGAGGCUGAGAAAAAAAUGUGGAUAAUGGGGUGUUUUCCUGCUGACUUAGAAAGAGAUAUACGUCUUUAUCGCGGAGGAAUAAAAAGGAAUGAAGAUACCAGAAAAUAUCAUAAAUUUUUAACAGAUCGGGAUAGGCUGGUAGGUGAAGAGUUAUUACGUCGCAGUAUACUAAAGAGUAGAUUAAGUACUGUAUGGCUUGAUGAUCUUAUGAAAGAAUGGGAAGAAAUCCAUACUCAAUUUAUACAAAUUUUCCCUGACUUAUCUAUGUGA